AUGGAGACGAUGGAGUUGGACAAUGACACAAGAGGCUGGAUCAUGGCCCUUGUGAGCGGCAUUGCUUGUGUUCUGGGCGCCAGCGUCAUUUGUGUUGACUGGCUUGUCCGACUACUUCCGGGCAAGAAGAACUUUCGUGUACAGGACAGCGACGCUUUCUUGGCUUCGUCGCUAAGCCUGAGUUUCGGCGUCAUGAUAUUCAUGUCCCUGUACAGCAUGCUGCCCGAGGCCAAGAGCUAUCUCAAGAAAGGGGGCUUUGAUGAGCAGCCAGCAGGGUUUCUGCUGAUUGGCUCUUUUGUCGGCGGUUUCUUGGGUAUCCAGAUCAUAUCUCGACUGUGCCAUCGCUUUUUGCCUUCGCAUGUCGUUGAUUGCGACCAUACUCACAAGGAGCAGGCCGAGGACGAUCACUCACACCAUAAUGGCGAUGCUCAUCGACAUCACUCACAUGGUGGUAGCUUUCAUAGGCACCGCCAACCUAGCCACCAGCAUGUGCACGAGGAGAAUGGGGCAAACGGACAUGCUACCGAAUCGACUCCUCUGCUGGGAGGAGACCUCAUGCACGAUGACGACCACGAUACAGAGCAAUCAAAAGCUGUCACCGAGGUAAAUGACAACUCGGAAGAAUCGGCGACUUCAAAGCCAGCUCGCCCCAGAGAAGCCACAGUCAAUAGACGGCCAUCGAUGGUACAGCUCAUCACAAAACGAGUCACGUCGUUUGCUGCUGAUUCGAAAGCUAAUUGCGAUGCAAAUGGACCGUGCCAUGGCUUCUCAGACCCAUGUGGGCAGGAAUGCUUCAAGGCAGUCAACAGUCGUUCAUCAUCCAACCUAUCACGACCCCCGACUUUUAUGCGCACUACAACGGAGACAGCAGCUCAGGCAAACAUGCAGACACUGCGUGAGGAGCCUAAUGAGUUGCUCGCGCCUCACCAGACAUGGGCCCCACAGCGACGUACGAGUCGAGCACGCUCGCGAGGCCCCAGCCGCGACUGGAGUAACAACCGCGUUCCACAAGACGACUGUGUGUCUGAGGACUCGGUCGAUUUGGAGGCACAGCACCAUCACCACGUCCCCGAGAACGCCUAUCUGUCCAUCGGACUCCAAACCUCGAUUGCCAUUGCCCUACACAAAUUCCCCGAGGGCUUCAUUACUUACGCGACCAACCAUGCCAACCCGUCGCUUGGAUUUAAUGUAUUUCUUGCACUAUUUGUGCACAACAUCUCCGAGGGAUUUGCCAUGGCUCUACCGCUGUACAUGGCCCUCAACAGUCGACUCAAGGCCAUGGGCUGGUCAUUCCUCUUGGGUGGUUUGAGUCAACCACUUGGUGCUGGUAUCGCAGUGCUUUGGUUCAAGAUCGCCAAACACACCAACAUGACGCCUGACAAUGUGGCAUAUGGCUGUCUCUUUGCAGUCACGGCUGGUAUCAUGGCAAGCGUGGCAUUGCAGCUCUUUGUGGAAAGUCUGAGCUUGAACCACAACCGCAACAUGAGCAUUCUAUUUGCAUUUCUCGGCAUGGCAUUAUUGGGUCUCAGCACUGCAUUCACUUCGCAUGCCCAUUAA